GAAAUAGGAGAGGGGGCUCCUGGGCCCAGCGCCCAGGACCCCUGGAGGGGGCGGGGCUCCUCCCCCUCGCCUCCUCCGUGAGGACUAGCCGCUUGGGUCUGCAAAUGGCUUUGCCAAACUGCAGCCAGAGAUGCGCCGUCGGGUUGUGGGGCAUGAGAGAAGGAAGAAGACGAAGAACAGCAGUGAUAAUCGUCAUAAUAGCAGGCUCAUAGGGUUGUGCAAUCGAAGGAAAACUUGCAUCCUGGUUCCCAGAAAAAGGAGUUUCUCAGAGCUGCUAACAAGAGCUCCAUGGGUUUGACGGCCGCCCCCUACUCCUGCCACCCGGAGCCCCUGGCACCCUCCUAACAGAUGCCCCCGGGCGCCACGCCACCAUGAAACUCCUGGUGGUCAAGGUGCUGUGCCUGGUGGGCGUCUUUGUGCUGAUGCUGGGGGGGUCCCUGCUGCCUGUCCACUUCAUUGCCACCGACAGUGAGAAGGCAGACCGCUCCCAGCGCAUCAUCUCCCUCUGCAACUCCUUCGGAGGCGGCGUCUUCCUGGGCACCAGCUUCAACGCCCUGCUUCCGGCUGUGCGAGAGAAGCUGGAGGAGGUGCUCAAGAUGGGCAACGUGGUGACCGACUACCCUCUGGCUGAGACCAUCAUGCUGCUGGGCUUCUUCAUGACGGUCUUUGUGGAACAGCUGGUGCUGACAGUGCGCAAGGAGGAGCCGUCCUUCAUUGACCUGAAGACCCUCAAUGCUGGCUCGGAUGCGGGCAGCGACUCCGAGUUCGAGAGCCCUUUCCUGGAGUCGGCAUCCAAUCGCCACCACUACCACCAGGGCAGCUCGACCAGCCACAGUUCCAGCCAGUGUGGCCUCAACGUCCACGAACUCUCGCGCUCGACUCCACUGCGCCUCUUUAGCCUGGUCUUUGCCCUCUCGGCCCACUCCAUCUUCGAGGGGCUGGCGCUGGGCCUGCAGGAGGAAGGGCACAAGGUCAUGAGCCUCUUCCUGGGCGUGGCCAUCCACGAAACGCUGGUGGCUGUGGCGCUGGGCAUCACCAUGGCCAAGACGGGCCUCACCGUGCGCCAGGCGGCCAAGCUGGCGGGCCCCGUCAGCCUCAUGAUCCCGCUGGGCAUCGUCAUCGGGAUGGGCAUCGAGAGCCGCCGCAACACGGCCUCCAGCGUGGCCUCGGUGCUCCUGCAGGGCAUUGCCAGCGGCACCUUCCUCUUCGUCACCUUCUUUGAGAUCCUGGCCGAGGAGCUGGAGGAGAAGAACAACCGCCUCCUCAAGGUGCUCUUCCUCGUCCUGGGCUAUGCCGUCAUGGCCACCCUCGUCUUCUUCAAGUGGUGACGCCGUGGCCUCCAGGCAGGGAAGCUCUCCCCCACUGUUGCCCCCCUGAGUCACACGCACCAAGCCACGCCAAAGGCUUUGGGGGGCCCCACACAGAUUCCACGGCGUGGCGUGGCACAGGCUCCGUGGCCUCAAGGCUGGAUGGGGAAAUGGGACGCUUCCCGCUGCCCCCUUAGACACACACACUCCGGACCAUGCCAGAAGUGCCCUGCUCAGUUCCCCUCGCUCUCAAGGAGACCCGAGUUCCUGAGGCAGCUUGGCACUCAUGCUUCUCUCCUCCCAAGAUCCUGGGCAACCCCUCUCCUGCAAGGCAUGAGCCAGUCAGGAGCAAGGUGGCAAGGGCCACAGAAGGUGGCAGAGCCUGAUCAGUUCCCGUGUUUUAUUCUGCCCUCCUGGCAAAGCUCUUGCAGCAGCCGGCUAAUCUGUGGCGCCUCUUUCAGGGUCAAGGGCGCAGAAAGGGCGUCUUUUCCCCUCUGGCUCCCCCCCCCCUUUUCCUGGAGGUGAGGAUUGUGGCGGCAAGAGGGGAGACAUAGCUGCACAGAGUUUCCCUCCAGGCCUGUGCAGUUUCCCCACAGAUUUUGCUCUUGUGGACACAAAAUCCCGCUGGGACGUUGCUUGGGUUUCUUAGAGGGCGCAGGGAGGAGAUUCCCUUGUGGGCUUUUGCCAACGGUUGGCUGGUGGUCUGGCCCAGCCAAAGCUGCCAGGAAGCCAAAAUUCGUGGUCACUCUCUCUGCAGAAGGUUCGCUUCCCCCUCUCUCCAAAAGGCUCAUUUUUUCCUUCUCUUUGGCUGUGAGCAGAUAUUCCAGGGAGCCCAAAUCCACAGUCUCUCUCUCUCUCUCUCUCUCUUUUUUUUCUCUCUCUCUCUCCUUUCCCCUUUCCCCUUUCCCUUUUUCUUUGAUGCCCACCUUCCCAAAGCUGACCCCCUCGUCCCCAAACCCACUUCGAGCCUCCUUCUGCUUUCUCCUUCUGGCUUCUUCUUCUCUCCCUCUUUGCACCUGAGUGUGCACCUGAGCCAGACACCAGACCACACCUGAGCCUCUUCUUCCUUCUUCCCAGUCGAGGGGACCUGCUGUUCCCUGGGUGCCAUGCACUUUCCUAAUCCCUCCAGCAGCCGGGCAUUUGCAGCACAGACGGAAAUCUCCUGGCCCCCCAAUUCUCUGCCUCCUUGUGUUUCUAACGCUUUCCUUGAAGGGGAAGGGGUUGUGGAGCAGGGCUGUACCCCAAAAAGGUGGAAAGCCGCUCUGCUGGGACCCACCCUUGUGGGGUGCAAGGAGGAAAGUCGCCAUUGCUGUUCCUUUAAUUUUUUUGUUCAUCUGGGGUCUGAAGCCACAGAGAGAGAGAGGAGGCCUCUCAGCUGCUGAGUCCAAAGGCUUGAAUGGGCUAACUGUGACCCCUGGAGCACAAAAGAGGGGGUGCCAUGCAGGCUCUUUCCUGUGCCACUUUCAGGGUGGAAGCACAUGCAGGAGGCAAGGGGGGGAGGCUCAGUCCUGCCUCUGCUUUCCACCGCCAGCUCUGGCACCAGAGUUUUGGCUUUGAUUCAUGUGGGGGGAGAGACUCGAACACGAGGCUCAGGAGUGUCUGCCGGCAUGUGCCAAGGCCUCACCCCUCUCCUCUACCCACCCUUUUUCUUCCAGUUUCUGCAGUGGGGAAGGGAGCUGCCCUCAGCUGCCAGCCCCCUUCCCUGCCGACCCAAAAGGAUCCUUCAGAGCUGUCUUGUCAAAACAACAUUGCGCUGGGGCUUUUUGCCACCUGGUGAAAGAGCCUGGUGUGACCCGGAAGCUUGCACUGUCCUUUGGCCCCACCAAAUGAAAGAGCGGCCAUUUCUCUGGCGGAUCUCUCUCUUUUUCUUAGGGGUCAGCACAGCUCUGAGGGUCUGGGAUUAGGGUUCCUUCGCCCCCCCCCCCAAACCAAGUCUUCAGGUACCCUGCGUUCACUUAGCUUGGCUGUGCACUUUCUGCAAAGGAUCUGCUGCCCAGGCGGGGGCAUCUGGGGCGUUUGCAAGGCCCACUUUUUGCAGGGGAUCAAAAUCCCUCCCUGGCUCCCUGGCUUUCCUUGGGUGGGGGGAGAGAGGGAGCCUUGGACUCUUUGGGGCUUCACUGCUGGGAAAAGUUACCUGCUUGUGAGCAGAACACGUUGGCUCUGGUUUUCCAUUUAAAUCCACAUCCUCCCCACCAGGACUUUUAAUUUAGCGCAGGGGCAAUUGUGCACACGUGAUAUUUUUGCAUUCUGCUCUGGGGGCAGGGUUUUUAUUUUAUUUUAAUAAUUCAGUGUAAUCUCCGCUGUGCUAAAAAAAUGAUAAUAACAGUACCAGCCUUUUAUUCAGCCGGUCUUUAAAUAAAACACCUUUCAAAUUU